CCCUCACCCUGUCAGGCUCCCCUCCCAGUGCAAACCCUGGAGUCAAAGAAGAAUUCCUUCAGAAGGAAGAAGGCAAACAUGGUGCUGCCCAGGCUGCUGAAGCUGCUUAUGGUGUCCAUGUGGCUGGGAUCCAGUUUUGCCCAGAAGGUGACUCAGGCCCAGCCAGCCAUGUGGGUGCAGGAGAAGGAGGCUGUGAGCCUGCUCUGCUCCUAUGACACCAGUGCUGGAAAUUAUGAUCUCCUCUGGUACAAGCAGCCCAGCAGUGGGGAGAUGGUCUUCCUCAUCCGUCAGAACUCUUACAGCCAGCAAAAUGCCACAGAAGGUCGCUACUCACUAAAUUUGCAGAAGGCAAGCAAAUCCAUCCAGCUUGUCAUCUCAGCCUCUCAGCUGGGGGACUCAGCGGUGUAUUUCUGUGCACUGAGAGAGGGCACAGUGGGAGGACUGUUGGAGGAAGGCGCACAAAAACCCAGGGUCUGCCUGAGUCACCCACUUGCUGGAGGGACCAAGGCAGGAAGUGGCAGGGCUGUGUCAGCUUAUGUCUGGGAACAAGCUUGUCUGGCCCAAGAACUGACACCUGCAGAGCAGGGAGAAGAGCCCAGCAGCCAGGCCAGCAGCCAUGCAGAGGGGACUGGGGGCUCUGCUGGGGCUUCUGUGGGUGCAGCUUUGCUGGGUGAGAGGGCAGCAUGUGGAGCAGAGUCCUUCAGCCCUGAUACUCCAGGAGGGAGCCAGAUCCACUCUGAGGUGCAAUUUUUCCACCACCAUGCAAACUGUGCAAUGGUUUCAACAGAAUCCUGGAGGCAGCCUCAUCAGUCUGUUUUUCCUGACUUCAGGGACAAAGCAGGAGGGAAGGUUAAAGGGAGUACUGAAUUUUCAGGAGCGCUACAGCACCCUGCACAUCUCGAACUCCCAGCUGGAAGACUCAGGCACCUACCUCUGUGCAGCAGGGCACAGUGCUCCUAG